GCAAACGUUUGUGGAGUGUCAUGGAGUUCUGGCUCUAUCAGAUGCGACCAUAUAUGCUUCGCAGCUGGUGCAAGGCUUGAUGGCCCUACAUGCAGUCGGUAUCGUCCAUUGCAACAUCAAUCCUAGCGUCCUCCUCAUCGAGAAUGGCUGUGUUGUUAUCGCCGACUUCGGGUACGCUCAAAUUGGCAUGGACAGCCUGACUCGCUCCGUUCGGAAGAAACCACAUCGCCAGCGGAAGGGAGAGGUGGAACCGUAUCAAGCACCGGAACUCUUGCUUGACUGGUCUCCUCAUGUUGCUUCGGAUUGGUGGGGCUUCGGACUGGUCCUGUAUUACAUGCUCACGGCUAAGCAGCGGCGCAUAUUUCUGUUGUCAUCAAUAAGAUUCUGCAUGGCAACUUCCCCAUGUGGCUGGUUGAGGGGGAAGACAGCGCCCUCGGUGACCUGCUUCGCAAGUGUCUCGAACGCAAUCCGGCAUUGCGCUUGUGCGGCGAAGGCGUGAAAGCACAUCCAUUUUUCUCCGACACAGAUUGGGAACUUGAUCCGAUGAAUACUCCUCUAGGUCUUGAUUUCUCAAGCGUGCUCCGGCGCUGACUAACAUCGUUAAGCAGCUUCAGCGUGUUAUAACGGCGUUGCGAACAGCUCUGAGAACUUCGCGUACACCUCAACCACAAAGCGUACCUCAGAAGACACUAACGGGAUUCACGGAACAGGAACUUUGCUGUCGUCUCCACAGGAUCUCAUGGAUGUGGAUGACUUCUCGUUCGCCUGGGAAUUUGGGACU